AUGACUAAUGCUAAUGUAGAUUACCAAGCUAUUGCAAAUAAUAUUAUGCCAGAUCUCGGUUAUGAAAUUGAGGAUUUCCAAUAUCAUACAUGGCAAAUCACAUGUUGGAGCGGUUUGGAAAAGAGGAUAACAGGUCCUGAGUUUGAAACUGGAGGUUGGAAAUGGCGUAUUUUGCUUUUUCCUUCUGGAAAUAAUAUUCCAGACUUUGCUUCAAUUUAUCUGGAGUUUGCUGAUCCAAAGGGAGCACCUACCUAUUGGCAUUCCUGCGCACAAUUUGCUUUAUUCUUAUGGAAUCCAGGAGAUCCAACAUGUUUUGCUUCUCAUA